AUGCGUGGUUCAUUUGGAUCUUCCCCUUCCCCUCUUGUUUUCUGUCUUGCUUACAUACCAAUAAUACCAAAAACUGGUUCAAUACUAAACCGGAUUUCUCUUCAACAAAUAGCAAUGUUUUCAACAAGUUUUGAGCCAGUUCAUAUCUGCUUUGAUGAUGCAACGAUAACCGGCGAUGAAAUCACAGAAAUUUUGGCGUUUCUUCAAUCAAGCAAUUCCGACAAUCCGAGCGGUUCAAACGAAUUGGUAGAACCAUUUGAUGAGAAGAAGCGAAGACGGACGAUGUCAAACCGGGAAUCAGCAAAGAGAUCGAGGUUGAGAAAGAAGAGACGUUUUGAGGACUUAACCGAAGAGGUAAACCGACUAAAUCUAAAGAACCAAGAGCUGAAAAAACAGCUGGCCAAUGUUUUGAGCAGUGGUAAUUUCUUAUCAAGGGAGAAUAACCGAUUGAAAACCGAAUCGGUUUGCCUUGAAAUAAGGCUUCUGGAGUUAUACCGGUUUUUGGUGGCCAUGCAAUCGCCAUUCUCAACGAGGUUAAGUUACAUAGAGCUCGAGAUUUAA